AUGUGGGGAGUGAUCAGAAUGCGCACUUUUCGCAGGUCUACCAGAAACGCUGCACCAAGAAUGAAACGCCCAAAGCCAAGAGCAUCGGAGAAGCAAAGGACUUUGGAGAGGCACUUCGGGUCGCGUCAACCAUCCAAGAACAAGUUCAUCAACGCUCUCUAUUGGGGAAUCCGACGCUGCCAAUUCUGGCUCUGCUUCUACGACGAUGAAGUCGAAAUCGAUGUGGAGGACCUCCUCCAAAACCCUUUCAACACGCAACCUCCUGGACUCGACCAGCUAGUUCAGCUCACUGGUUUCAACCGGAAAUGGAUCAUGUUCAUGUACCGGAACUUCAAGCAGAAGUGCUCGAACGGACGAAUGACAGAGUCUCAGUGGAGAAUUGUGUUCAGAAGUCUCUUCCCACAAGCCAAUGAUUCCACGUUCGUCGAUCGUCUCUACUCGGCGAUCGUCAAGAAUAAGCAGCACCAGCAGAUCACUUUCGAGGACCUAAUCCUCUGUCUCUGGGAGCUCACUGACGAUCGCAAGUCUUCCGAAAUGAGCAACUCUCAUAUCAACUCUUCAGCGAGAGCUCAAUUCGCAUUCCAUCUGAUGGAUGUUGAGGGAAAAGGACGUGUUGAUGAAUCCGGAUUCUACAAGUAUACACGAUGUGUGUUUGCAUUGACCGCUUCUCACCAAGUGAUUGAUGCUGCGGCGAUCGGCUUGCCAGCUGGAAGUAUCUAUAGGUCGAAAUCAGCAGACGAUGACUUGAAGCCACUUUCUCCAUUGAUCGCUAGAUUUUCGUCGAAGAGAUUCAAGGAACUCGACGAAGACCGUGAUGGCUUCAUCACUGUCCGUGAUAUUGAACGUGAAAUCGAACUUCAGCAUAAUGAAUCAAUCUGUCUCAAAUCUUUGAAAGAAUUUACUUCUGAAAUUCUGGAUAACGAUGACGAUGAUGAGGAGGAGGACCAGGACACAAAUCCGCUUCUCUCACCGAGCACGAGCGGUUCUAAGAAGGAUUUGUGA